AUGCGUUUGAAAAUUGCAGCAGACAUAGCAGGGGCAGUAGCGUACUUACACUCUGCAUCUUCUGUGCCUAUCUAUCACAGGGAUAUUAAGUCAAGAAAUAUCCUCCUUGAUGAAAAGUAUGUUGUCAAAGUAUCAGAUUUUGGAACAUCGAGGUCCGUUGCUACAGAUCAGACUCACUUAACUACUGUGAAAAGAAGUGAUGUUUAUAGUUUUGGGGUAGUUCUUGUCGAGCUUCUUACUGGGCAAAGGCCAAUAUCUCUUGAUAAAACAGAAGAGGAAAGAGGUCUAGCAACACGGUUCCUUGCAUGCAUGGAAGAAGAAUGCAUGGAUACGAUUUUAGAUCCACAAGUUCGGGAGCAAGGAAGAAAGGAGGAGGUGAUCCUAGUUGCAAAGCUUGCACAAAGAUGUUUGCACUCUAAAGGGAGAAUGAGACCAACUAUGAAAGAAGUUGCUACUGAAUUGGAAAGUUUUAGGAUAUCUGAAAUGUCGAGUAGUGUUAAUGUUGAAUCAGAAGAUGUGAGAUCUUUUGGAGAUAUGCCCGCAAUGAUUUCAGACACUGAGUACACAUGGACAAAUAGUUAUAAGAGUGCUUUCACAUCAUCAUCAGACACACAUCCGUUAGUGUUAUAUGAAAGUGUAUCAUAA